AUGACAUUAUCAAAACAAUUAGAAAAAUAUAUUCAAAAUAAACAUAUUAUUUCAUUAAUAUUAAAAUUAACGAAUUUUGACAAUGAUGAAAUACAAUUAAAUGCAUUUAAAAUUCUUUCAUCAAUAACAACUGAACAAGAAACAAAAAAUAUUGAUUAUUCAAAUAACAUUGCAGAUCUUUUUAUUAAAUUUCUUAAUAAAGUUAUUGAUGAUUCAAAUCAAACAUUAAGAUUUUAUAAUUUACUUCGAUGUCUCAAACAUUUAAUUCAAUAUGAUCAAAUUAAAGAUGAAUUAACAAAACAAAAUGGUCUUCCAUUAAUUAUUCGUUGUGUAACAGAUAUUAAAUUUAAACCACUUCAAGUACAACAACCUGCUUUAGAAAUUCUUUUUGCUCUUACAUUUAAUAAAGAAGCUUAUCAACAACUAGUAGUAGCACUAGUCGACGAUCUUGACUUCGUUCUUUCCAGAUUCUUGUUUUUCUUGAUUAUCAGACAAGAUUCUUUUUAA